CUGAGCAUGUCUACUUUUCUGUACACAUCUGAGCUGAGAUACACUUGCUGAAGAAUUAGAAGUGAGGGCCUUAGGUUUGCAACAAAGUACAAUAAAAUAACGAGUGGCCUGGGACAUGGUGUAAAACAUAAAGCUGCUGCCUGCAGAUCAACCCCAGAAGGCACACUUGUUCCUUGUCCUUGUGAAUUGCUUUAAAGGAGAAAGAAGGCACGAUGUUUAACACCAAAAGACUGAAGAAAAAGUCCCAGUCAGUGGAUAUGAGUGCACAAGGAUAUUCUAGUCCCCUGGUGGUAGAUGCACAUUCAUCACAACUCAACAAGUCCCCACCUGUUGUCAAGACUGCCCCUUCAGAGAAAGAAGAAAACAACGCAACAAAUUCCCAGAGACGCAGCCCUCGUCGCAGCGACUUGAAGAGAUAUUACACCAUAGAUACUGGCCAGAAGAAGACUCCAGAGAAGAAAUAUGGGCGUCGGAUGUCUUUCCAGAAACCUAAAGGGACCAUUGAAUAUUCUGUGGAAUCGAGGGACUCCUUGAACAAUAUUGCUCUGAAGUUUGACACCACACCCAAUGAGCUAGUCCAACUGAACAAACUUUUCUCCAGGGCUGUUGUUGCUGGUCAGAUUCUUUACGUUCCUGAUCCAGAAUAUAUUUCCAGUGUUGAGAGUUCACCAUCCCUUAGUCCCAUCAGCCCUUUGUCACCAACUUCUUCUGAAGCAGAACUAGAAAAAGUUACGGAUUCUGAUGGCGUCCCUCGAAAGGAAGCCAUGUCUUCUCCGGCACAUGUCUGCACCCGCCCUGCUAGAGUGGUGUCAUCCACCUCCGAGGAGGAGGAGGCACUUACAGAGAAGUUCCUGAAAAUUAACUGUAAAUACAUCACAGAUGGCAAGGGGGCAGUCAGUGGUGUGCUUCUGGUGACUCCCAACAACAUCAUGUUUGAUCCACAUAAGACUGAUCCCCUGGUCCAGGAACAUGGCUGUGAGGAGUAUGGCAUCAUGUGUCCCAUUGAGGAGGUCAUGACAGCUACCAUGUACAAGGAUAUAGUUGACAGCAACAUCAAAGAAUCAUUACCUCCAGAUUUAGAAUAUUUAGUUUCUGGAAGAGACCCAUGUCAGGUAAAAAGAAUACCACGGAGCAAGACUGAUGAAAUGGAGUUAAAGCUUCGAGAUACAGCGAAUGACAGUACCAGUACUGCACCAAGAAGCACAGAGGAGUCUUUGUCUGAAGAUGUCUUUACAGAGUCAGAACUCUCACCUAUUCGAGAGGAGCUUGUUUCUUCUGACGAACUCCGGCAAGACAAAUCAUCCGGGGCCUCUUCAGAAUCCGUACAAACCAUAAACCAGACUGGUGCAGAAUGCUGCCUCGCAUAUGAGGCAGGAGAUUCUACAAAAUCAACAGCUGAAGAAGUAUCUGCAAAUGACAGUGGCUUUCUAAGUUACACAACAGAAGGGGAAAGAUCAGAACUGGAAUUGAAACGGGAGGAAACCCUUUCCCAGAGCCAAACUAUAGACCGAUCUCCAGCAGGAUCAAAAAGGCACAGUGUGGGGCGUGAAACAAGUACAUCGACUAGCAAAGAGCAAGAUUCCGCCUGUGAGGAUGAUGCAGCAAAGGAAUGCAAAGUGUCAGACUCUCAGUGUUCUAAGAACAAAGAGGAGGCAGAAAAGGGCAAGUUUAUCAGGGAGCGAACCCAGGAUUCUGAGACUGAGGUGGAGGAGCUCAGAAAACUCUGGAAGAGUCACACUAUGCAACAAACUAAGGAGCAAAGGGAUAAUGUACAGCAGAGUCACAUAGAAGUCAAGCAUAAGCCAGGGGAAGCUGUAGAAGGACAAGGUUCAGGAGAAGGGACUGCUGUCUACAAAGAGAAGAGGAGACAUAGAUCUCACAAGUUCUUAUGUCUUCGAGUUGGGAAGCCUAUGAGGAAGACUUUUGUAUCUCAGGCAAGUGCAUCCAUGCAGCAGUAUGCACAGCGGGACAGAAAGCAUGAAUACUGGUUCGCUGUUCCACAGGAAAGGACGGACCAUUUGUAUGUGUUCUUCAUACAGUGGAGUCCAGACAUGUACUGUGAAGGAGCUGGAGUUUUAGGAAGAGAGCCUGGGUUCAUGGUUGUAAAAAAGAAUGAGGAAUCAGAAACCGGUGAGGAACCAGCAGGUGAAGUAACAGCAAAGGACUGGGAGGUAGUGUCAGUGGCUGAGUAUCACCGCAGGAUCGAUGCUCUAAAUACUGAAGAACUCCGCUCACUCUGCAAACGUCUCAAGAUAACAACAAAGGAAGAAGUGAAUUCAAAACAAGGACCAGCCAUCAAGACUGAUGUAGAACCAGACACUUUCAAACCAAAUCUAAGUGAACCGAGUGAACUGCUUCAGCCUGGGCAGAUUGAGAAACUUUCGAAGCAUCUUCCUCCAAGAACAAUUGGUUAUCCAUGGACACUUGCAUUUAGCACAGCAAAAAAUGGCAUGAGCAUAAAGACACUAUAUCGUACAAUGCAGGGUCAAGACACACCAGUGUUGAUGGUCAUAAAAGACAGUGAUGGACAGGUCUUUGGUGCACUAGCAUCUGAGCCAUUCAAAGUUAGUGAUGGUUUUUAUGGAACUGGGGAAACCUUUCUUUUCACGUUUUGUCCUGAAUUUGAGGUCUUCAAAUGGACAGGAGACAACAUGUUCUUUAUUAAAGGAGAUAUGGACUCUUUAGCUUUUGGUGGAGGAGGGGGAGAGUUUGGGCUAUGGCUGGAUGAAGAUCUCUACCAUGGAAGAAGUCAUUCAUGCAAAACAUAUGGAAACCAUACACUCUCAAAGAAGGAAGAUUUCUAUGUGCAAGAUAUAGAAAUCUGGUCUUUUGAAUGAAACAGUUCACAGAUUGCCAUAAUGAAACGAAUCAUCCCAAAAGUGGCUGUGUCCCAAACCUGACUACAUCAUUAAAAUGCUUGCUAUAAAGUACAUUUGUAUGUUUUUUUUGUCUGUAAUCAGCUCAUUCAGUACAGAACUAUUUUAGUUUAGGUACUUUGGUGUGUAACUGCCAAAAAGGCAAAUAAUUAAAUUGGAAUGUCUUAUAACAGAUGUAAAACAUAUUCUGUUUCAUUGCUGUUGACCUUGUUUGUUAAGGUUUAGAAGAGAUUUUGAGUUGGCCGCUUUUACAAGUGCUGAUGAAGGUAGUACAGGUUUGGGAUAGAGAAAAAAAAAUAACAGUGCUAGACCUGUGUACUGAAGAAAGAGCAUUAAUGAGCUGUAUUAGAUUUGAGAUGAUCUCCAUCUGUGAAGCUUGCAAAAGAAAAAUAUACAGUUCAUCCCUGAUAAGAUACUGCUUUUCUGAUUUGAGAGCUAAAUGAAGAUCUAAGAAUGCACUCAUUUUACAAGUAGGAAAGAACUGGAAAGCAUGAUUAUAAUCUUAUUAGGGUUCAUCAGUAUAUGACAAUAAAGAGCAGGAUAUGUUACUGUUAGAAUACCAUCAUUUAGAAGAAAUUAAGCAAACUUUCCAUACCAACAACUCUUCCUUGAAGUAACUACAGUACUGUAUUAUAGUUCUGCCAUUCAGCUUCAUAGCGCACAAUCUGCAAGCUCAUAGCUAAUAUCCGAAUACCCAUAGUUGUAAUGUUCUGUCAAGUGGGUGUAUGUGUGAGUUCAGCUAGCACUAGCCCUCAAGAGAAUUGGUGUAUAAGUAGACAGUAAUGUGUUACAAUAGAUUUGUGGAAUAUGCAAAUUACUGUCAUGUGACCUCAAAAGAAAAAAAAAAAAAUUACAGGUCAAUUAUAUUGCAAUAGUUAAUGUCAUUCUAUUAGACAGACAUGAAAAGCUUGUAUAGCUCGAAAUGUUUGUUUCGAAAGCCAGGGUAUUCUGUGUAUUAAUAGUAAAGCCUGGUGAUCUGGUUUAUUAUGUUUAGGGCUUCUGAUUUUCUGUGUUUCACCCUGACUUUUCUACUCUUUUUUUAAAAAUUAAAUUGAUACCUGUUAAGACAUUCAUGUAUCUCAGUCAUAACUGAGAAACACGUUAAUAGUAAAAUUGAUUUAAUUUAUCAUAAUUCUUACUUUUUAAUUUCGAAGAAGAACCUCCUUUAUUUAUGUAAAUACAGUUCUGCAUAACGAUUGUAAGUGUCCUCAUUAACAUGCUGUGAACUUGUUUGUACAUUCUGCUUGUAAAUGAAAAAUGAAGGGUUGGCCAAUUUAAAAGCCCAUUUAGUUGUUUCACAGGAAAAAAACAAACAAAACUAAAUUUAAAUCAAUUUUACUAUUAACGCAUUUCUCAGUUGUGAUUGAGAUACACAAAUGGCUUAACAGGUAUCAAUUGAAUUCUUAAAGAAGAGUAUUAAAGUCGGGGUAUAACACAGAAAAUCAGAAGCUCUUUAAGUAUAUUUUACAAAAGAUAUUGCUGUUUGUGGGACAGUGACCUUUUUGUGCUGACAGUUCAGCUUGUUACAGAUAAUGUAUAUUACCUUGUACAUUUAUGUUAAAAUAGUAGAUUUGUUCCUAUAUAUAUAUAAACCUGUGGUUUGGUGGGUUGCUUACAGCACUUUAAUCUAGAUAUGUGUGUUUUUUUUUUAAAUGAAGCCCAGUACUUGGGCAUCAUUAGAAGUAACUGUACAGUACUUUUCUUUUGUUUUGUUCUUAAAGAUGUUAUCUGUCUAGAGAAAGCUUGCAGCUACAGUCUAAAGAAAAAAGGCAAAUAUAAUGUUCUGUAUUAAAUAAAAUAUAUAUGCUGAAUGUUGGUAAAAUACAGGGCAUCAUUUUUUCCUCAGUGUUUUUGCUUAUAGUUCUGUAACGCUGUUAGUAUGUAGACUGAAUGUUUACAGACCAAUAUAGAACUUGGAAUUAAAGCAGCUUUCUUCCCCCUUGUCAUCGACAGCAGUAUUAUUGUCCUUGUGGAGUUAUAGCUAAAAUACAACACUCCUAAAAGGGUUUCACAAGAGUAUAAUGUGAUAGUGAUGUAUAGUAUGAAAAUAAAAAUAUUGUAAUCCUGAA